AGUAUUAAUAUUAUUUUGGAAACAUAAGAAAUUAUUAUAUUGGCUAAAAAAAUGUAUUAUUAAGUAAGUGGGGCAGUUGCAAUUUUGCAAUGUAUAUACAUUAUUUUAGAGAAAAAAAAUAGGAGUACUUACAUAGAAAUACGUGCCUGUACAAUUGAAACAAAAGUGCGAUUUAUACUUGAUAACAAUAAUAAUAUAAUAUUAUAUUUACGUUUAUUGAUCUUUUCAUAAAUGUUCAUAUCAAGACACUAAAAAUUGUUACUUCAUAACUCAGCGAUAGUAUUGUGUACCGAUAAAUCAUCAUACAAAUAAAAAAAGUUUUACAGUAAUUUCAAAUUGAUCAUAAUGCAUUAUUUAUUUGUAUUCGAGGAAAAGUAUCUGUGAUAGGCUGAAGUUAGCAUAGAAAAAAGUAUUGUAGAUAAAUUCAGUCGUAAGCCUGUCAGUACAUUUUGCACCAAGAUAUUUUUUAUUGAUUAGAGACUUUUUUUCGUUGAUUACUCGAGUCUAGAAUUUUUUUUCAUGGAAGAAAUGCAAGUAGAUACGUCAGCGUCAAGCGAGAAUGCCGAUUUAAUCGAAAAGAUCGGUGAACAAGAAAGCGAGGAAAAGGCCGAAGACGGAGGAUGUAUCGGUGGCACGACAAGCGUAGAGACUCAGGUUAAUUGUUCACCGGGUCCUGACCCUGUGGUAUCGUUGCACAAGCGAGUCGAGAGCAUCGUGUCGCUGAUGAACGAACUCAACGACCAGCUGGAAAUUCUAUCUAACGAGCGUCGUACCAGCACAUUGAAGACCCAGUGGUCGAUCAUCGAGGAGUUCAAGACUGUCAAGUCGCAAUCCGGGAAGCCGUCAAAAAUUUGGCACAAUAGCCUCUUCUUUCGAAUGUAUUUUGUCGAGAAGGAGCUCGACGACAUAUUUCUUGCCGCCUUGAGACACAACUCCAUGCUCUGCAAGCAUCUCAACAAUCUCAAUGACAAAAUUGUGGGCAAAAACGAAAGCAAAGCCGCAUCGUAUGUACAGCAGCAGCCACAGCAUCGGGACGAAGCAUCGUUGGAAUUGCUGCUGCCGACAUCGAGAACCCAAGAGUUGCUCGAAGCUGCUAUGAAAAGUCACCAGCUGCAAGCUCCCCAAUGUAAGCCCGUCUCGGCUGUGACUAACUCCAAAGAGGACGAGUCUUCUGGCAAACGCGAUUUCAAGCAAUCCUUUACCGAUCUCAUACGGGCCAAGAUCGACUUUGACUCGCAAUUUAUUCAAUUCAAUGCAUUAAUGAGCGAGAACUGUCACACUGAAGACUUUCAAAGCUUUUAUAAACUUUACUGCGCAGCCAACUCCAGUAGCAAGUCCAAAACAUCGUCAUCGUCACUGGCUAUUGAUAAAAGCGGCGGCGAUACCAACCAGCUUCGACGGAAACGACUCUCUACGAGCAGCAAUAGCAGCAGCAUCUCUCAUCGGAAAAAAACCCAAAAGCAACGAACCCUCAGAGCACUCAGACGCUCCAGUCGUUUGGCCAGCGACGAGGUGCAGAUCAUACGCACCGUCAAGCGUGCUACCUGACCAAUUUUGGCAACGG